AUGCCACCAGCCUCAUCGACGUCAAGCCUCUCAUUUGACCCUCUGAGACAGGCUGACAACACUCACUCACUCACGUACUCGUCUACACCAAGUCGUUUAUUUACACUAGCUGAUACCGCCGGUCUUCUUUGCAUUGCUAUGUAUCAUUGUGAUAUAACGUGGAAUACCCCCGACCCAUCGGAAGACCAGCAUCAAUCCCACCAUAGACCACAGGAUCGGCAGCAUCAAGGUCGACAAUCACGAGAACAGGAAUCCGUCGUCCCGAACGAGACGAGGACGCAGCAUCGCGACCAUUUCGGCUUCGUCAACCUGCUGGCAUCCAAUCCGGCGCUCAGAGGCAGCCGGUCCCCGUUCGCCAGAGACCUCCUGGCAUCGCAUCAUCAGCAGCAGCAGCAGCAGCAGGAGCAGCAGCAGGAACCUACCCCCUUUGCCAGCAAUUCCAGCCACGGCCGACGCGCUAGCGGCCAGCUGAGGUCGAUUUCCCCUCCAGGAGGACUCGCACCUUAUCAACGAACUUUGCUAUCGCCUCCACCUCCGCCAACCGCAUCGUCGGUAUCACAAUCUCCCUCGAGUCGGCACUAG